AUGCAGGUGACACGGGACAAUUUACCGACCGUGCUUCCCAAAUUUGUACAGCUUCUGAAAACCUGCGACUUCUAUGCAUUCGACGAGGAAAUGACAGGAAUCAAUGUGCCUGAGCUCCCAGAGUCUGUCACCGAUACGCCCCAGGAAACCUACAACGCAAAGCGAGCAGCGGCAAGCCGCUACAAUAUAAUUCAAGUCGGGAUAUGCCUCUUUCACAAAAAUAGCGAAAACGGGCCUUCUACACCAGCGUCGUAUGUUGCCCGCCCCUUCAACUUUGUUAUUUUCCCCAAUCAUGAAGACGACUCGCCAAGCUUGGGGAGGGGAGACGACGUGGUGCUAAAUCCUUCGUCCCUUGCAUUCCUUCGGCGGCACGACAUGAAUUUUCAGUCGUGGGUGUACCGUGGCAUGGGUUAUUGCGAUGCCGCCCGUGAGGUGGUAUUGCGCCAAAAUCAUGAAGAAAAGUACCACCCUAACCUAAAUGACUCUACAGAGCAACGACGGCGCCACGCGCAGUCUAUGGAACUCCUAACCCAGGAAGAGAGAAGUUGGUUUGAUGGGGCCGUUGCCGCAGCGCAGAGCCUCUGUGAGCGUGCCCGGGCCGCAGUGGAGCGCGCACAGGCGCAAUGUGCUGAAAAGGGAAGUCCUGGUGCAAUUGAGCUGGAUGCCGCGAUGGAUCUCCAGCGAUCCGGCGGACGCGAAGUCGUCAUCCAGCCGCAGAGAAACAAAAAUGCCCGAGAAUGUCUGCAGCGGCACAUCGCGCAACACUUCCAAGAUAUUUCUCUCACGUUCCGACGGAGCGGUUCGACUUAUCAUGGCACCUUUAAGGUCCUCUUUCCCGGCGAGCAGGCUCGUAUUCUCGAGAAGGAAUGCGCGCUGAGAGAACGCGAAUUGGUGGAUAUGCUAGGUUUCCGCCUCGUUUUUAAGGCACUUGUCGAAAGUUCGAAGCCUUGUGUUGGGCACAACUGCCUAGCGGACGUUCUCUUUCUACUAGCUUCUCUCGAUGGAGAACUUCCCGCCGCAUUGCCCGAGUUCAAGCAUCGCGUCGUCCAGCUGUUCCCGAAAGUGUUCGACACCAAGUAUAUUGCCAGCCGCCAAGAUCUCUUUCCGGCAGGCAGAUUUGGGUCUCGCUACUUGGCGGGGUAUUUUGACGAAUGUGGAUUUUGCUCGGCAAACGUUCGAGUAUCACUUCCGUUGGGCUUCGAGGAAUAUGACCCGCUGAAACUUUCUUCAGUGGGGAGAAGCGCAGGUGGCAAUGGCGCACCGGUUCACGAAGCCGGAUACGACGCCUUGUUGACUGGGACGCUGUUGCUUAAUCUACUCGCGGAAAUUGGAGGAGGUGACGUGACGACGGCCCCAGCAGGGUUGACGAAUAGGUUGGCCCUCUUUCGUUCCCUAUUCGCCAUUAACCUAAAUCCCGACGGUGAAGAUGAAUACCUUCCUCAAAGCGGUGCGUUAACGCUACAACACGAAAAACACAUCAAGUCUCAUCAUAUCGACAGCUGCUUUUCAGCCUUCUCCUUGCAACAUGUAGCCCUGUACCCGAUCGACGACAUGCGCACCCUUGCUGUGCUCCCCUUGUCGUGGACAAAAGCGUGCAACCUCGACGUUGAGGAUGUGAGUGGGCUUUCUGUGCAAAUGACCUCGCGCUUCCCUCAGUACUUCCAGGCGUCUCCGUUCACAUUCCCUGCAGGUACUAAAGGCGCCUUCCGCGCAACGCCCGUCUCUCUAGCAAGAACGGUUUGCAAAGCACUAAGAAGGUGA